ACAUGGAAUCGGAUUUUUCAUGUACGAAGAAUAUCUUACAAACAAAGACGGGUUAAUGGUCUCGAAUAGCACUUGGACAUACAAGAUCCCGACUAUUGACACUAUACCUCAGAAUUUCAAUGUUCAUGUGGUAAACAGUGGACAUCACGAAAAACGUGUUCUCUCGUCUAAAGCAUCUGGUGAACCGCCGUUGCUUCUGGCAGCUUCAGUCCAUUGUGCAGCAAGAGCAGCCGUUAAAUCAGCACGUGAACAGCUCAAACUAUGGGGCAAGCUUGACGGGUCUGUUUCAGAGUUCUAUCUGGACGUCCCCGCCAUAUUACCCGUUGUGAAGACACAGUGUGGCCUGGAUUAUGUGGAGAAAUAUUUGGAAAGUUUGCUGGCUCAGAAAUCUAACUAAAAGUGCUUCAACAUGCAUCUCAGAAUGAUACUGAACUAUGUUGCUCGGACUCUUCAACAUGUUGCAUCAGCUGUGUCGGUUCCUCAAAAAAUACACUAUUUUUGGACGACCUGACAUACACUUGGGGGUAUUUUUGAAAAGUCCGAGGAACAUAGAUAUUGAAUACUUUGUUUUUAUGUAUAUCUUGAAGAAUUUGAAAUGUUCUUUUUAUUGAAAAUCUGUGAUUUAAAGUUU